ACACAGUCUAUGAAGAACUACUGCAGAAGGACAUGAUGGUGCUCUAAGAAGGACUCUACUAUGCAGUCUACCAUGAAUUUCAAUGGACUUCAUCGCCAGAGCAGCCAGGACAGUUACAUUCUGGACAACGCUGCAAAGAAGAAAGGUGGUCUUUGGUAUCGGCGUUCACUGAAGGGAAAUAAUGACAGACACCGCCAGAGCACAGGGACUCUGCCCAGGGGAUGGAAACAGACCAAACAAACCAGCUUCAACUCAUUGGUUGAUUACUCAGACCCUCUAAGGACCACUGUUGUGUUAGAGAAGCAAGACAAUGAAACAUUUGGAUUUGAGAUUCAGGGUGUCCUGUUGCAGACCUACGGUGUGCAGAAAAAGAGCAGCUCUGCGGUGGAGAUGUGCACGUUUGUGUGCAGGGUGCAAGAGGACAGUGCUGCUGAGAGUGCGGGUCUGACUGCAGGGGAUGUUAUCAUCAGCAUCAAUGGGACAAGCAUCGAAGGAUCGUCUCAUCAGCACAUUGUUGAAUUGAUACGGGAAUCCACCAACCUACUGAGGAUGGAGACUGUGUGUGGGACAAUUGUGAAGCGGAUUGAGCUGGAGAAGAAGCUGAACUUACUUAAGCAAACACUACGAGAGAAACGGGUGGAGUUGCAAGCACUAACAUUACAGGAAAAACGUCUUAUGCGAGGUAACUUGAAUGACAGCAGCCUCCAUUUGUCGUUAGACUCCCCACUGUUUCCUGACUCCCCCACAUGCCACAGUAGCCACAGAUUUUCCAGUGUCAGCAGCGACAGGAGCGUGAUGACUGAUGACAGCGACCAGGUCAGCGUGUUUGACGACCUCAGCUCUCCAAGCCCCUGCAGUACAGCCAGCACCACAGACAAUGGCUGCUUCUUCUCAAAAGAUUUUCCAGCACAGGAGGGCUCCAGCAGGCUGCCUUCUGGUUGGAGCCAUCAUCGCAUCCUCGGCCGCGCCAGCAGCUCCAGUCUGGCCGGCAGCAGCAGCUCCCUCUCUCCCACCUGGGAAGAAACCAGGGCCUCCAACUUGUUUGGGACUCUCCCCAGGAAAGGCAGGCGAGGCAGUGUCCGCAAACACAUUCUCAAGAUGAUUCCUGGAUUCAACCGAUCAGUUGAAGAAGAGGAUUUGGGACCAAACACCCAGGCUGCAGCUGCACUGGCAGCCCAGCCUUCUUUGACCGCAAUAAACUAUUAAGUGAGUUAGUUUGAAUCAGCUCUGGUCUCUAUGUGAUGCUGACAAGCUAUCAUGAGCUCAGAAACAAAUUUGAAGACCAAAAACUUGACAAAUGAACAUAAUGAAGUAUUUCCCCUCAACUGAAGAAAGGGGUAAUAUCUUUUUGAAAGACUUUUGCUCCUUCAAGGGAACACAGUGAUGAAAGACAUUUUAGCACAAGGACACUGUCAAAGUCAAAGUUUGACCAAAAGGGUCCUGAGUCUUGAAGGUGCAGCUUAGCUCGCUGCAUGACUCAGAGUGAGUCUUGCGGUGCCAAAAAGCAUUAUGAAAAUGGAAAAUGCUCUUCCGCUGAACAAGCCUUUCAGUGAAUGGACAUAUAACAGGCCAAGGUGAAAGAUGAAUGAAUUUAUGUAGCCAUCUGCUUUGAAUACAAGAACUGAAAAGUCUCUGCUUUGCCAUAAUCACAAUGGAUAAUCAGCAUUAAUUAUUAUUACAAGAACUACAGUACUGUUCAUGUCAUGUGCAUGUGACCAAUGUGAUAGAAAGUAUGUAAGGCUUUGACCGAUAAGUUUUCCAGUCAGUUGGUAAGUUAAGGUUGACAUUAGCAUCUCUGUCACGUUAAAAGUAAGCUCUCAAAACCAUCACGCCGCACCACAUAGAUAACGGCUGAGCUCAAAACAGGAUGUGGGUGGGAGAGGCGCUACCCUGUGAAGUAUUUUCAUUUCCAAAAUCAUUUUCAGGUUAUAUAGUACCUGCUCUCAGUGUUUAUAGGCAUGCUGUGCUGCAGAACAGCUUCCUGUGUCUCGUGAAUGUGUUGAAAGCAGGGUUUUAUUCUCAGUGGCAAAAGGGUGCAAUGAAACUUUGUAGAGAUUGUUUGUUUCCACUUGAUCUUUACUUGCAAUUUGCUUGAUGUU